UGAAAAAUGAAUGAAAAGAUGAGUGCCAAAAUCACAAUCUGCAACACAAAGCAAGCAACGAUACCUGUGUACUAAAACAAAGCAGCAAGAUAGCACGGACAUGAAGCAGCCUGUCUCUACCCAUUGCACCCAUUGCAAGCAAUGAAGUUUAAUUACAAGUUGCAGCGUCUCUGUGGAGCUUAUUAUGGCCAUCCUUCGUCGACCACCCAUGGCACUGUUGGUUCCCAAUGGGGCGGAGCCAACUUGGUUUUUUCGUCUGCUGGAAAUGUGUUGAUCUCGGCGGUGGCAAAUCGAGUUCAAGUGCUGGAUCUACAAACCCACUCGGUUCGAACACUGCCCAUUGAAGCUCGAUCCAACAUUCGCUGCUUGGCACUCUCGCCGGAUGAUGCGCUCCUCUUGGUUGUGGAUGUCGACAAUUAUGCCAUGAUGGUCAAUUUUCGAAGAGGCAUUGCCUUGCAUCGAUUCCGAUUCAAGCAUCGAGUUCGUCAAGCCGUCUUUAGUCCCAAUGGACUAUACCUGGCCGUCACGCAUGGAAAGCACGUUCAAGUAUGGUUGCCACCCAAUCAUCAUCGAAAGGAAUUUGCUCCCAUGGUCUUGCAUCGAACGUAUACGGGACAAUCCGAUGAUAUCACUUGCUUGACAUGGAGCCCCGAUUCGUCUGUUUUGCUGGCGGGAAGCAGAGACUGUACUGCGAGAAUAUGGACCGUCAACACAACCCGUGGAUACGAACCAAGCACGCUCAGUGGACACAAGACGCCUCUGGUCGGAGUCUUUGUAGCUUCCUCUUCUACUCAUGAUAGAAUACAAACAGUAUUCACAAUCAGUGAAGACGGAGCUCUAGUGUCAUGGACGUGUACCUACGAUGAAACUCUGGCUAUUGAAUCGUUGGAAGGUGCAAAGCCAAAAUUGGAGGACGUCAUGGAGGAAGCUGUUGAUUUCUUUUCGGGUGGGGCACUGACAGCGCGAGUACCACAGAAUCUGCAGCAACCGUCGGCAAAAUCACAAGCUCAUCAUUUGGUCAAGGGAACUUGGUCCAUUGAAUCCAGACAUUACUUUCGGCAGGACGGUGCUAGAGUCACAUCGACCUCGUAUUCUCCUUCAAACCAGUUGCUAUCUGUGGGAUUCUCCUCUGGUGUGUUCGGUCUGUAUGAAAUGCCGUCUGUGUCCAAUAUUCAUACCUUGAGUGUGGGGUCCCAGCAACUUGUCAAAACUUGCACAUUGAAUAAAACGGGAGACUGGUUGGCACUGGGGUGUCCAACGUCACAGCAGUUGCUGGUUUGGGAAUGGCGGAGUGAAACCUAUGUGCUCAAGCAACGGGGACAUGCCUAUGGGAUGAGGUGCAUGGCUUAUUCUCCCGAUGGAAUUGUACUCUGCACGGGUGGGGAAGAUGGCAAGUUGAAGCUAUGGAAUGCCUCCAGUGGAUUCUGUUACGUAACAAUGGAAAAAUCGCACACGGCACCCAUUACGGCUGUCUGCUUUGCCAAGGCCAGUGUCGUGCUCAGUGCUAGUCUUGAUGGGACGGUCCGAGCACACGACCUGCAUCGGUACAGAACAUUCAAAACGCUCACGACGCCAACUCCAGUGCAGUUUCUGAGCCUUGCUGUCGACCCGAGUGGGGAAAUUGUGACGGCUGGAUCUUCAGACCCAUUCCACAUUUACGUUUGGAACUUGCAAUCGGGAAAGAUACUGGAUGUGUUCUCAGGGCAUGCCGGUCCAGUUUGUGGGCUGGCGUUCCAAAACAGUGGAGGGACUCUGGCAAGUGCUUCUUGGGAUGGCACUGUCAAAACUUGGGAUCUGUACAAGGGAAACGUACCAACUGAGAGCCUUCAGCAUUCGACAGAUGUUGUUUGUGUGGAUAUUCGCCCAGACGGAAAAGAAAUAUGUUCGGGCUCUAUUGGCGGCUUGCUUUCCUUUUGGGAUGUGGAAACUGCCAAGCUGAAGUAUGAGAUUGAUGGAAGAAGAGACAUUGCUGGGGGACGAAAGAUGAAUGAUAGAAUGACGGCGAACAACAACGCUGCUUCGAGAUACUUUACAUCAGUUUGUUAUUCCGCUGAUGGGGCUUGCGUGUUGGCUGGAGGCAACUCAAAAUAUGUAUGCAUCUACGAGGUGUCACAGCAAAUGUUACUCAAGAAGUUCCAAGUCACUUUUAAUCGAAGCCUGGACGGCGUUUUGGACGAGCUUAAUUCGAAAAAUCUUGGUGACGGAGGUCCCAUGAACAUGGACGACGCAGAUGCCGAAACUGGACCCUAUGCCCUGCAACUUCCGGGAGCAAAACGGGGUGAUGACGGUUCCAGAAGCAGCAGAGUGGAAGUGCUAACUUUGCAGGUCGCUUUCUCGUCCACGGGCAGAGAAUGGGCUACCGUAUCGAUGGAAGGGCUUCAUGUUUACUCGCUUGAUGAGGACAUGAUAUUCGACCCUAUCUCGCUUACGGAAGCAGUGACUCCUUCUGCGGUUUUCGCAAAGAUCCGCUCCGAAGACUAUUCAACGGGAUUGCGAAUGGCAGUGCAUCUCAACGAAUUCGCUCUUGUCAAGGAAGUUUUGGACAGCACGCCGUACAGGUCCAUCCCGCAUGUUGUACGGACUGUGGGGCCUGAACAACUAGAGCGGCUGAUGCAGUUUUUGUCCAAGAUCUUAUCCACGACCCCACACAUUGACUUCUUUCUUCGUUGGUGCCUGCAAUUGCUUCAGGUGCACGGCGCUCAUUUGGAAAAACACCGAGCGAUCUUCAUGCGUGCUUUCAGAGCACUGCACAAAGCCAUUGCUAGCAGACAAGGUGAAGUUAUGACGGUUUCUCAGUGCAAUCGAUACGAUUUGGAAUUCAUCACCGAUCAGGCAGCACUGAAGCUAACUCAACAUAGUGGCGCCAAGAGGGAGAGAGACGAAUAGUUUAGUGGUGUUUACAUUGAUUCUAUUCUUAAUAAAUAAAUGGGCUAUUUCGAAUACCCUGCCGUGGCAAUUAUCAUACCAUAGCAAAAAGAGACUGAACUAGGUAAGGUUAUUACUCACAUACUGCCAUAUAGUUUUUGAGUAGGUAGAUUAUGGGGAUCAUCAGUGCUUGGGCUACGGUGGUCCAUUUCAAUGCUUGCAGUAGAUGCAUUAGAUUUUCUGGCCAUUCUCAGCAUCGUUUCAGUAUUCGUUUCAGUAUUCUCAAGUCACUCUCUAUCGGACAGAUUGCUGUGUUGUGUCUCAAAGAUUUUAGACAAUGCUGAUUUGGUUGCCUUGCCACUUUGAUGCCGUUCCUUUGAAGGUCGCGGGGGUUUGGAAGCUUUGGAGACAGCUUGCGCCAAGAAUGACCACGGACGGGCGCGUUGGACGCCGACGGUGGCCACGACCCGCGCCUGACACUUUUCGGCUCUUGUCGCCUCAUUUUUUGGCUUCUCGACAAGUUCGUUUUGGGCUGGCUGUUGAGGUUGUCUCCGACAUGAGGACUUGGCCAUCAUAACACCGCUCAACAAGAUUUUGUUUCAGUCGAUCGGCUUGUUCCUCAUUGAACCGUGUUUCGCUCAGAAGCAUAAGAGAAAAAAGCUGACAAUGGGAAGAAAGAAAGUGGAAGAGGUUGUGGUUGAUCCAUCAGCAUGGAUGCUGGCAAACGCAUUCGCUGAGUUUGUAUUGUUUCACACUGAUGAAAUCAAGUACAUGUGUAUGUUAGGAUAUACUUUUAUGCAUGGUGAGUGACCAUGGGUGCCACUUGUAAAAGAAUUUGUUUCUUUGACUGAC